AUGUCUUUCUCAUUUUUUUCUUCUAAAAAAGCACACCUCAUAGUAAUUGUUGCUCUUAUCAUACAUAUAAAUGGGGUCGUCGUCUUUGGUUCUAGUGCCGCUUUAGAUCGUCAGUCGUUAUUAGAAUUCAAAUCAAAAUUUACAAACGACCCUCAUGGUGUUUUCCUGUCUUGGAAUGACUCUGUUCCUAUGUGCGAGUGGAAAGGAGUGACAUGUGGUCGUCGCCACCAAAGAGUUACAAUUUUGAAUCUACAAGGCAACGGUUUAGUUGGUUCUUUAUCUCCUUAUCUUGGUAACCUUAGCUUUCUCGGUUACAUUACCCUUGGCAGCAACCAACUUCAAGGAAGUAUACCUCCCGAGUUUAGUAAUUUAUAUCGAUUGAAGGUAUUAUCCCUUUCCAAUAAUUCUUUGACAGGGGAAAUCCCGGCUAACAUGUCAAGCUGGCCUAACCUAUGGCACCUUAACUUGGCAUUCAAUAAGCUAUCUGGAAAAAUUCCAAAUACUUUUAGUUCUCAUUCAAUUCUACGUGAACUAUACCUUGCCAAAAAUGACCUCACGGGCGGGAUUCCACCAUCCAUUGGCAAUCUCACAUCUCUGCAAGAACUCGCUCUUAGUUAUUGUCCAUUAGGAGGGAGCAUUCCGGAUUCCUUAAAUCAAUUAAAAAACCUGCGAAAAAUAGGCAUUGGAGAAAAUGACCUUUUUGGUGCAUUUCCUUUCAAUUUGGAGAUUUUGGAGCUUCUCGAAAUCCAAUUAAGUGGAGUAUUACCAAAUUCGCUUGGGAACUUCUCAUCUAAAUUGCAUUACCUUGGGAUGGGUUUCAACUAUAUUUCAGGAAUUAUUCCUUCAUCUAUAGGCAAUUUGUUAAGGCUUACUACUGUUUCUCUUAGAGUAAAUAGUUUCACAGGCAUAAUUCCUGAAAGCAUCGGCAAACUUCAAAGCUUGCAAAUCCUAUAUCUUGACGGUAACUAUUUCUCCGGGGUUAUUCCAACAUCUAUAGGAAACCUGUCACGUGUAACUAAAAUGGAUUUAAGUGGAAACAAAUUGGAAGGCACAAUACCCUCAACCAUAGGGAGUUGCAAAAGUCUGAUAGCUUUGGACCUUUAUGCAAAUAACCUUAGCGGAAGUGUACCCAAAGAACUAUUUCAACUGUAUUCACUCUCUAUAGGACUAGAUCUGAGCCAAAACAAUCUAUCUGGACUUGUUCCACAAGAGAUUGGAAACUUGAAAGUCAUAGGAUUACUUGAUUUUUCUAAGAAUCGUUUCUCAGGUGAAAUUCCAAGUACUGUUAGUGGCUGUAUCAGCCUUGAAGCCCUAAAUCUUUCAAGUAAUCUAUUUUAUGGAUCAAUCCCUGAAGCAUUUAGUCCAUUAAAAGGCCUUGAAUAUGUUGACAUUUCACGAAAUAACUUCUCUGGAAGCAUUCCAAGAUACUUGCAACGAAUUCCAUUAAAACGUUUAGAUCUUGCUUAUAAUAACUUUGAGGGAGAGGUACCUAUUAUAGGUGUCUUUGCCAACACAAGUGCAAUAUCCAUUACUGGGAACACUAGACUUUGA